UUUUGUGUGCUCGUUCACAUAGUUAUUAUUCCCUCAAGCUUAUCAGUCAGUGUGUACAUGUGCAAGAAACAUCUCUGAUCGUCAAUUAGUCAGUCAUUCAGUAAACACUUAUAAUAUGGGUUGGCAGAGACCUACGGAGCCUGUAUUUCCUACUGUGUGGUACACAUUUGAAGCACCUGAUCCGGACAAUGGGGAACGCCUGGUCACGUAUAAGGUUGUAGAUCUUACUGAGGAUCGUUUCGACGAUACGAUCCACCACUUUAAGAAAUAUUUCGUGAUCGACGAACCAAUCUACGCCAGCAGAAACACCAUUCAAGAUGAGACGGCCAUGGCGGAACUCGAGGGCUUUUGGCGAUGGUGCAUGGAACAACGUUUGACUAUCGUGUGCUACAAGGAUGGUUCAAAUGAGAUUGUUGCAGCAAACCUUCUGCACAUGGAGCAGCGUGAUGAUAAGGGGAAUUGGGAUAUAUUCCAAAGUAGUAUAAUUCGGGACGCUGUUAAAACGCACCUGUACAUGACGAAGGAGUUCAAUGUUUUCGAGCACUACAAUGUGGAAAGGUAUUUAACAGCGUAUGGGUUGGCCAUCAGUCAUCGUUAUCGAGGUCGAGGAAUUGCAGUGGAAAUGCUUAAGGCUAGGAUACCGAUUUGUCAAGCGUUUGGUGUUGAACUAUCUGCGACCAACUUCACUGCCAUUGCAUCGCAGAAAGCAGCAGAAAAAGCUGGAUUUCAAAGCGACUUUGAAACGACCUACGAUGAUUUCGCCAAUAUGGGUCCAAACUAUACGUUUUCGGAAAUCAAAUCGAAAAGUUUGAAAUUGAUGAGCCUACAAGUUCCGAAAAAAUAAUCAAUUUAUAAUUAUGUUAUGUUAUAAAUGAAGAACAAUAAACAGACAAGAAUCGGA